AAAAUCAAAUAUGGGAAGAAUUAAAUGAAGUGUCAUCCUUUGGGAUAAUAAUUGAUGAAAGUACUGAUAUUGCUAUGCAAUCUCAUUUAAUAUUAUAUGUAAAAUAUUGUUACAAGGGUACUAUUAAAGUUCGAUACCUUAAAUUGUUUCACUUAGAAAAUGGAAAUUCAGUUUGUAUUUAUAAUACAAUUAUUAAUUUAUUUGAAAAUAAAGGUCUUGCUGAUAAAAUAUUUUCAUUUGCAUCUGAUGGAGCCUCAGUUAUGAUGGGAAGCAGAUCUGGUGUGGCCACCAGAUUAUUUCAAAGGAACAAAUAUUUAGUUGUGACUCACUGUAUUGCACAUAGACUUGCUCUUGCAUGUAAUUCAGCUCAAAAAAAUUCUAUUUUCUGCAAUGAAGCUGUCAAAAAUUUAUGCCUUUCAAUUGAACCUUUAAUGGAUACAUUGACAGAAGUUAUAAUUGAUGCACAAGAUUCCAAAAAUGAUUUUUUUUUAAAAUUAUAUUUUGAUUUACGACAAUGGAAAUAUUUGGCAUUUUUAUAUUUUUUAUAUGAUAUAUUAGGACAUCUUUCAGAAUUAAGUAAAAUAUUUCAAUGCAGAUUUAUCAACUUUUCAACAAUCAAUCCAUCAAUUGAAGCUACAAUCUCUAAAAUCAAAAAGGAAUAUAUUGAUUUUGAUGAUGAUGGUAGAUUAAAAUAUGGAAAUCAAUUUAAUAAAUUUUUGCUUAAAACACCACCAAGUUCUGGAAUUUUUUAUGGCAAUGAAAUUCAUGAAAUAAUAUUUGAAGAAGAUGAUGAGAAUAAUGUAAUAUCAGAAAUAAUGAAUUUUGCAUCUUCAGUUGUCUCAGAGCUUGAGUUUCGUUUUCCAAAUCGUCAUUUGUUAAAUCAUAUGAAAAUUUUCAAUAUAUCAGAAUGGCCACCACAUGUCAGUAUGAAUGAUGAUUUUGGAGAAGAAGAAUUACAGCAAAUAAUCAAUUAUUAUGGUACACCCAAAGAUCUGGCUGAACCAAUUAUUGAUCCAGAUAAUAUCAAUGAGGAAUGGUACCAUUUUAAAGCAAUAAUUUUAGCAAACUAUAUCAAUUUAUCUACAGAGAACUUUCUUUAUGUAAUUCAUAAAAAUCAUUCUGAAUUUUAUCCUAAUAUCGUAAAACUCUUAGACAUUUUUUAUUCAAUUCCUUUUUCAAGUGUUGAAUGUGAGAGGGGUUUUUCAAGGCAAAAUUUAAUUAAAACAGAUAAUCAAAGUUUGUUAUCUAAUGAAACAUUAAAUAUGUUAAUGAUGGUUGGAUUAGAAGGUGGUGAUCUAGAGACAUUUGAUUUUUCAAAGUCCAUGAGAAUAUGGAGUCAAUUAGCUAAACGAAGAAUAAGAAAUGUUAUAGAAAAAUAA